AUGUCAGUACCUGUCAUUCAGGCGGGAGAUAUUCCCGUGCUAGACACAGCCAAGAACGAGGGCAAGUUUACCGACGCCGACCUCAAGACUCCUCACCACGACUAUACAAACAAUUUGUCCGAGAGCGACGACGAGGUCUACGACAGCAGAAACCCAUUCCUCGACCCCGAUGUCGCGGCACACUGGAAGUCAGUCUACGAGGCCUCUACUUAUGAAUGCCGCCACAAGUUCGACCCUGACUUGAAAUGGACUGAGGAAGAGGAGAAGAAACUUGUUCGCAAGCUAGACUGGCGUGUGUGCCUGUGGGCUUGUAUAAUGUUUUUCGGUCUUCAAGUAGAUCGUGGUAACCUUACCCAGGCUGUAUCGGACAACUUCCUUGCUGAUCUUGGCAUGAAUACAAAUGACUACAACUAUGGAAAUACAGUCUUCCUAGUCGCUUUCCUCGUGGCUGAGUUGCCCUCGCAAUUGGUAUCCAAAAAGAUCGGACCGGACAGGUGGAUUCCAAUGCAGAUUUGCUUGUGGUCUCUUGUUGCAAUGUUCCAAUGCUUCUUAAGGGGUAGAGGUGAUUUUCUUGCGACCCGUGCUCUUCUAGGAGUCUUGGAGGGAGGGUUCAUCCCUGAUAUUAUUCUGUGGCUGAGUUAUUUCUACACGUCCAAGGAGCUGCCGAUUCGUCUAAGCUACUUCUGGACUGCUCUAUCUACGACGACGAUUAUCACUUCGAUCCUGGCCUUCGGUCUGCUUCGCCUGCGUGGUGUUGCGGGAUGGGGUGGCUGGAGAUGGCUGUUUUUGAUCGAAGGACUCAUCACGCUUUCGGUCGGCAUCGCUUCAUUCUUCCUCAUGCCUGCCUCUGCGGUGCAAACAAAAACAUGGUUUCGACCCAAUGGCUGGUUUACUGAUCGCGAAGAAGCCAUCGUGGUCAACCGUGUUCUACGCGACGACCCUUCCAAGGGAGAUAUGCACAACCGACAGGCCAUCACGCCCAGAUUACUUUGGGAGUCUAUGAAGGACUACGACCUGUGGCCGAUUUAUAUCCUCGGCUUUAUGGUCUUCAUACCGCAGAGUCCGGCAACGAAGUAUGUCACAAUAGUGCUAACUUCAUCCGGGUUCGAUACAUUCACCACUAAUUUAUUGACCAUUCCGGCCAGCGUCUUCCACAUCAUUACCCUCAUUCUCUUGACACGUUUAUCGGAUCGCUUUAAUGAACGUUCACUCGUUGCCAUGAUCCAAUCAGUCUGGACUCUGCCAUGUAUUAUCGCGUUAAAGCUUUGGUCAGAUGUCAUCACCGACCGUUGGGGAACAUACGCAGUAGUGACGGUGCUGCUUUCGUACCCAUAUUGCCAUGCUAUUCUCGUGGCCUGGACCUCAAAGAACUCUAAUAAUGUUGGCACGCGUUCUGUUUCAGCUGCACUAUACAACAUGUUUGUUCAGUUGGGCAAUAUUGCUGCUAGUUUCAUUUAUCGAGAUGAUGAUAAGCCCAAGUACAGACGUGGCAAUGGUGCUCUAAUUGGUAUCAAUGUUGCCUGCAUCGUGUUGUUCCUCUUGACUAAAGUAUACUACGUCUGGAGAAACAAGCAGCGCGAUGCGGUGUGGAACGCGAUGACUGAGGAGGAAAGACAUAACUAUACAAGGAACACGAAGUUGCAAGGAAGUCGAAGGCUAGACUUUAGAUUUGCACACUAAAGUAAUGAAGGUGUACCUCGAGGGAUACCUGAAAGCACAACGGUAUUCUGCAAUAUAUGAUCAUACUGCCUCGACCCCGAAGAAAUAUUGACAUGUAAGGUCGAAAUUGACAAGUACGAAUGGGCGGUACUCGGGCGGUCGCUGUCGGACGGCCAUGGCCCACCGGCUAGUGUUCUCGAUGCAAACAGUCAAUAGCCACAAUAGCCACAAUAACAACCAAAACUUAUCAGCGUGUCCGAGUCCAUAUGGAUUCACAUUUGAAAUGAAUCAUUGCUGUCGAAGUUUGCUAUUGCCGUUGUCACGUCUAUGGUCAGAUAACGUGGGCACAGGCGGCCGCGCUGUAUAACACGGUGCAAAUGCGGCCAC